UCACUGUUAUGCAAUACACUGUGGCUGGAUCGCACUGACUGCUGGCAUUGAAAAAAUGAAUAAUUGUUCUGAACACCCAGAUAAUAACUUCCUGAAAGGAACACAUUAGGUCUUACUUCUCAAAGAUGGGCAUCAGGAUCGUCACCAGUGUCCGGACAGUUAUCGUGUUUAUUUUGCCGUGUUUAUAUUUCACACAUGGCAACAUAUGUCCAACGGCAUCUGGAGAAAAGGUUGUACACGUGUGUGAGGACAACUUUGCCAGUGGAGCAUCCAUCUAUCUGGACACCUUUAAGGCUGUCAACUAUGAAGGCAACUGUCUAUGUGACCUCAGGGCACAAGGUGGCGCUGUUGAUCUCCAGUUGUCAGUACAAGGAGUCCACAAAGACUGUGACGCUAUCCUGUAUUUCCCUCCGCCUAUUGAUUACACAUAUAAAUGUGCAGACAAGGCAUCCUCAAAUACUACAGGCCGGAUCGGGCCAGGACAAGUGGUUUUCCUUACUCUCGUCAAAAGAUCUGAGGUCACCGAUUUCUGUGUCCAUUUAGUGCAGAUAUCAUCAGCAGCUGGAUCACUUAAUCUGGCCUGCUUUAGAGGCACAUUGAAAUCAGCCAACACCUCAACAACAACAUCCCCGCCAAUCAACGUCACAAGUAGCGUCACCACUUCGGAUACUUCUGUUACUGAAGGCAAAGAUUCAUCCGGGGACAAUACAACCACUACAGCAACAGAGAGCAAAGAUUCAUCCGGGGACAAUACGACUACUACAGCAACAGAGAGCAAAGAUUCACCCGGGGACAAUACUACUACGACAGUAACAGAGAGCAAAGAUUCAACCGAGGAAAACCCACAUAUAACACCUUCUGGAAUCACAGGUCAUAAUAACACAGCGACCCCUCAGUCAGUUAUUGGAGUCAGCUUUGUCGUUGUUGGGGUCGUUGCUGCAAUCGUGCCGUAAUGAAACUACGUGUAUAACGGAUAUGGAGUUUAUGCAGGGCCAGAUCCAGAAUAGUCAAAUGCAGGGAUGAACAGAGUUUUCGCAGUGGACAUGAUAAAUUAUAUCUACAACACUUCAAGAACACAAUGGCCAUACUCCUUAAUGCAACAAUAUGUAUCAAUAGUUGCCCCCAAAUCGAAAUAUAUCCGAUAACGUCUGUUAAACGCUGCAAUAUGCUAAAUUCGGUUCGGGAAUGCCAACAAUUCAUAUUUGACAUUUAGUUGUUAUGAUUGAUGAAACACAUUGUUACUAUUUACGGCGACAAAACGGCUGACAUGCAUGGUCAGUACUAUUGAGAGAGAUGUCUCAGCUGGGAUUUCUGAGGACAAUUAAGUACACGGACAAUACAUGUAUAACCUCAAUCCAACCAGGAUAGCUCGUCAACAGACAACUACGUUUAUCCACGAGACAAGUAUAUGAAUGGCGAAGUAACGCAACAAUAGUGUACAUGUACAUGUGGCUUAGUAGAACUUAUACAAUGUUUAUUUGAUUGAUGAUAUGACUUUUUCCCUCAUGAAUAAAUCAUGUUAAUUUAAUUUUGAUUUCAUACUUACACUGGCCUUACCUAAUGAGUGUCGUCAUGAUGCUGAAGUAGAUAACCUGCGGAAUUCAAUUUCUUUACUUUGUGUUGCUUUUUUGUAUAAGACAUGUACUUAGCUUGAACAAACACAUGUCUAACUACACACUGCAAUAUUCAUUUGGCAUUGCAAUCAACCUACAGAUCAAUAGCAACUACUCUUUUGGCAUCAAGCGCCUUACUUUUGACUUGUAUUGAUAGCACUUGUGACGCGAAAGUACAUUUUAACCGUACAUUUUCUUUUAACCGUAUAUUUUCUUUUAACCGUAUAUUUUCUUAAUCUAUUCUGCCAAAUCGUUUCCCUCUCUCGUCAGUCUAAACAGUUUUACAAUACCCAAUAUACUUUUAAUUCAUGUUAAGGGUAUUCCAAAAGUAUACAAUGAAUACAUAUAUUUCAUUUCCAAGUGUGGAAAUACUUCUAUUUGAAAUCGAUUUGCUUCAAUUCAAACCUAUUCAUGAUUGUGAAAGACCUAAAUAAAUAAAAUGUUAAAGCAAGUGUCAGGAAAAAUCAAUUCAUUUACGCGACAAGUUGACGCCAAUACCCAGCUAUUGUUAGGGGCGUUUUAUGAUACACAUAGAAAGACUGUGUGGUCCUGUGUUGCACAUAUGUCAUUGAUCCGUGUAAAUAUCUGAAGAUACAUGUAUCUUGACUCUGGAAAUUAUCCAAUACAACGAUAAUACGUGCACGCCUCUUGUAUGCUACUGGCAUUUAGGUUUUAUUGCUAUAGGCAUGUCAGUGUAACUUUAACUGCGAGAAGAAGGCCUUAGGUUAAUAUUGAGUUCGAUGUUAUGCUGGUGCCAUCUUCACUUUAGACAUAAUCAGUGACACAGAUCAUCUAACAGUUUCGGAAUCAUUUUGUUUUUAAUUUUACCACGUUCUUGUAAAUUCAUGGAAACAGGGUCAAAUUCCAAAUUUCAAAACACAACCUCAUUAACCCGAACCAGAAUGGCUUCGCUCCAACCGGCAAACUUUUGACAACAUUUUACAUUAAGAACAAGAUGUUAAAACAGCACAGGUGCACAAACAAUACACAAUACAUAUAUUUAUUGAUUUCAGUAAAAGUUUUCACAUGGUUUGGCUUAAGGGCCGUAUCAAACAGAUUCAAUACAAAACCUUUAAGGGACGUAUUCUUAAUUUCCAUUACUAACAGACACCAAUAUUCCAGUAAAAUUAAAACACCUGCGAGUUCGGUUGCAAAAGCGCGGUGACAUCUACAGGUAACCUAUCUUCCUAUUGAAACAUAGUAUGUUUAUCUUCUAAUUAUAAAAUUAUAUGCCGUAAAUAGAACACUAUUUUGAAACUGCAUGGUUAUUGUAUACUAUCGACUAUCGUAUGUACACUGAACAAGAAGAUAAAGUCAUCAAUAUCCCCGCCCUUUUCAAUAUGUAAAAUCAUUUAAAUCAAACAAUCUGUCAUAUUUCUUAUUAUACUAAAGCCGCCUCCGUUCUCUAGCGGUAGAGCGUCCGCCCGGAAAGCGGAAGGUCCGGGGUUUGAUCCCCGGACGCGUCAUACCAAAGGAGGAAAUGAAUAUAGAUUGCCAUGUUGUCUGACUGUAGAUAUGAUUUGUGAUCAUGCUUAGUAUUCGUGCUUCAGGGUAAUUAUUAUGGUCUUCAAUCAUUCCUUCUCUGGAGAUCUGUAGGUGAUGCUUUCACACUGAUGGAAGGAAGUCAUUAAACCCAAAAAAUUCAACUCAACUUAUAUCAUAUAUUUUCUGCUUUGCUUUUUCAUACUGCUUUAAAUAUUUCAGGUUCAUAACAUCUCUGGCGUUUUGACUGGACAAUAACCUCUUAAAUGUAUACAAAUUAGGCCAUUCAUUCUUGUAAGCAAUUGCUAGUAUUCAAGUCUAUGUUUUAACAAAUAAUGAAAUUCGCCUGCAACUAAAGGAGAGUUUCAACUCAGGCGUAGCAUCGAUCGCAAUGUCGCGCGCCGUCACAGUUGGAAGUUGGAAGUUAUGCGAGUGUGAAUGUGAGGACCUAAUUGGGUUUUUUAACUGUUCGAGCAUUUAGGGGUUUUGUAUGCUUAAUAUGGAUACUUGGGACUCCCAAAUGAGUUCGAGACAACCAGGAUUUCGACACAUCCAAUUCGACAGAUCCGAGGAUAAAUGAUGUUGAAUAUAAUAGGAAUCGCAUGAAACGGUUGGUGCAUUCGCGACAACCAUGAAUUCUACACAUCUAAGUUCCACAGAAAGAGGUUCGACUAUGUCAGGAGAAAUAUUUUUCGUGUCAAAAUCUUUAUGAGCCAGAUGUACAUUUACAUCACACCCUGUAUAAGUUGUGUAUCCCUUAUGCGAUGCUUGUUUUAUCUUACACGCC